AUGAAUAACAGUGUAACUGAAUUCAUUCUAUUUGGAUUGGCCCAUGAUGAUGGAAAGCAAAAAGCAAUAUUUGGGAUUUUCUUGAUUCUUUACCUUGAGACUUUGUUGGGGAACUUUCUCAUUGUGGUGACUAUUAAAACAAGCCAGACCCUUGGGGGUCCCAUGUACUUUUUCCUGUUCUACUUGUCCUUUGCUGAUGCUUGCUUCUCUACAACCACAGCUCCUAGAUUGAUUGCGGAUGCACUUUCUCAGAAGAAGACCAUUUCCUACAAUGAGUGCAUGACUCAGGUCUUUGCAGCCCACUUCUUUGGGUGCAUGGAGAUCUUUGUGCUCAUCCUUAUGGCCUUUGAUCGCUAUGUAGCCAUUUGUAAGCCCCUGCGAUACACAGCCAUCAAGAGCCAGCGUGUCUGUGGUGUGCUGGUGAUUCUGGCCUGGGUGGGAUCUUGUAUCCAUUCUUCAGCACAAAUUUUCCUGGCUUUGAGAUUACCGUUCUGUGGCCCAAAUGUGAUUGAUCUCUAUUUCUGUGAUUUGCAGCCCUUGUUGAAACUUGCUUGCAUGGACACUUCUGUGAUAAAUUUGCUAGUUGUGUCUAAUAGCGGGGCCAUAUGCAUGGUGAGUUUCUUAAUCCUGCUUAUCUCCUAUAUUGUCAUUUUAUACUCUCUGAGAAACCACAGCACAGAAGGAAGGCGAAAAGCCCUUUCUACAUGCACCUCCCACUUUAUUGUGUUUGUCAUAUUUUUUGGUCUGUGUAUAUUUAUAUACACACGCCCACCAACCACCUUUCCAAUAGACAAGAUGGUGGCUGUGUUUUAUACAAUUGGGACACCUUUACUCAACCCUCUGAUCUAUACACUGAGGAAUGCAGAAGUGAAAAAUGCCAUGAAAAAAUUAUGGUGUAACAAAGUAUGA